AUGUGGUUCUUGCCCACCAUCUAUAUCAUAGCUACCACGGGACAGUGGUUUACCAACCUCUACUCCAAACAACCCGUUCAAAAUGAGGUGAGAUUUCGCGUAUAUUGGCUCCAGCAGUUGAUUUAUGGUCCUCAACUGCAGCUUGGGAACAACCAUACUCAUCCCAUAACAACGUGGCUCUUUUACGUUAUUGCGAUAUGUUUCGAUUUUACAACCCUCUGCGUAUCAACAUAUUACCUGCUGCGGUAUUAUUCACCCUCUCUUCCUUCUAGUAGAGUGACACGUUUUGUUAAAGUGAUGAUCUACGACGGUAUCGGAUAUUUUGUAAUACUAACAGGGACGAACGUCCUGAACCUUGUCAUCUUUAAUGCUGCGAACGGUCUGACGCGGCCAUCCGGCGCGAGCCUGGGGAUAGCACUCACUUGGAUUAUGAGCCAGAGGAUCCUCAUUCAUCUACGCGAUGCCGCCGCUGACCACCGUCGUUCGACGCGCAUCAUUACAGAACCGCUUCGCACCGCGCAGUCUGUGUCUUACGCGAUGCGCUCUCAGUUCGACACCAAAGGCAGGAUUAACGAGGAAUUUGGCGUAAUUGCCGACCGCCCUCUGCCUCGCUCACAUUCGCUUACGGAUCUCAUUGAUCUGAACAAUGAGGAAUUCCCGCUGCAAGUUCGGGUCGAGCGGAGCGUUGUGAUGGAUUAUGAUAGUAUGCACCAACGCGAGUCAGACGACGCGCCCCGAGCGAAGUGGACUCAGGGGACACCACCGUCAAAGAAUAACAAGGAAGACCUCGAGAUAGGACCACCACCGUGA